AUGGCUUCCAGCAUGGCUGACCCAAGCAGCAUCCCCCACAAUACCAACUUCUGCCUUCCUCACCACCCACCCCGGGCGGCCAGCGUGAUGCUCUCUCUGUUCUACACAGCACUCUUGGUCUUCAGCGCCCUGGGGAACAUCCUUGCCCUUUGCCUCACCUGUCAAAAGGGCAAGAAGAUCAACUCAACAGGUGUCUACUUGGUCCACCUGGCAGUGUCCGACCUCCUGUUCACCCUGGCCCUGCCUGGAAAGAUCACCUAUUACGUGCUGGAUUUCAGCUGGCCCUUUGGUGAAGGGCUCUGCAGGCUGACGGCGUUCAUAUUCUACGUGAACACCUAUGGGGGCAUCUAUCUCAUGACGUGCGUGAGCGUGGACCGUUACCUGGCUGUGGUCCACACCCACCAGCGCCCCCGGCUCCGCAAUGCCGGCAGAGCAAGGCUGGUCUGCGUGGCUGUCUGGGCCCUGGCGUUUCUGCAGACAAGGGCUUUCAAACUGUCCCUGCAGCUCACCGUGUCCCUCAUGAACAUGAACUGUAGCAUUGACCCCGUCAUUUACUUCUUUGCAUCUACACGUUACAGGAAAUGGCUCCUGGGCAUUUUAAAACUCAGAGCAUCAGCAUCCUCCUCCUCCACCCUGGGAAAAUCUUCCUCAGAAAUACCAAGUGUCAACCAGACUGGCGACUCCGUGUCCUUCGAGGAGAAUAAAGUCUAAUGGGCCAUUGGCUUUAAGACUGUGUCUAGGGAGCUCUCCAGGAUUGGGGGCCUGAAGCUUAUACAAUUUGGAGGUGGGCUCUUUAAGAAAAAGAAGACAAAAUAAAAGCAAAAUUAGGUGUAGAGUCUUGGAUGGUAAGCAAGGAGCCCUAAAGCUUAAAUUCCAUUAGCUUCACGAUGAAUCCACUUCUAACGUAUCCUAAUAAAUAACGCUGGAGCUCCUUGGCCCCUGAAGGGGCGUGUGCCAUUUCUUCUGGGAAAGGAGUAUUUUCACGGUGAAUGCAGA